UUUUUUUCUUAAAUUUUAUGGAAGAGACCCCUUCAAAUUCAAAUAAAAAAUCAGAAAAAACAUUACAGGAAGAGAAAGAAAACGAUGCCAAUUCUUCAAGUAUUUCAUUAACAGAAACAACAAAAAGUCAAUUUACAGGGGAAAAUAAAAAUAUUUUUGUUGAUAAUCUGGCAAUAAAUAAACAACAAAUUAAAAAGGACUUUGAACAUUCUAAUAUAAAUACUCGAAUAAACAAUAAAUUUAAAGGAAUGGCUGAAAAAUCAGAAGGAGAAGCAUCUCAACAGAAAAACAACAAUACUAAUUCAUUAAAAUCACCCCCACAACCUCCACCAAAAACAAAUGUUCUCAGCAAAUUCCCUUGGAAGAGACAACAACAACCACUUGUUGUUAUCCCCAAAAGGCGCAAACAUAAAAAUCAUAUUUCUAAACGUAAAGGAAAUCGUGGGGGAGUAUUAGGUAAACAUAAUCUUCGCCAUUGA